AUGAGAAUUUUUGCAAUACCUGUACUAAGAAAUCAUUUCGCUUAUUUUUGUCAUGGAAAACCUAAGAGAGGAACUUAUUUAUCAAAAAUCACUGACUUUGCUGCUAAAAAAUGGGAUCAACUUUAUCACGCUGAAAAGACCAGUUGGAAGGGAAAAUUGUAUAUUACGGGCCAACAACUCUUAGAUAGAAUUGACCAUCAAGAAUAUUUUUUAAAAAGUAUACCAUUAAAAGAAGAGGUGGAAAAAAUUUUUUCGUCAAAAGAGAAUGUGAAUGUGAAAAAUAAUAUACAAAUGAAUGAAAAAGGGGGGAAAUUUGCUGCUGAAGAGGAAAAAAAUAAUGAUGUUCUAUUAUUAUAUCCAUCAAAAGUUGUAAAGCCCGAACAAGUCAUGACAACCCUCGAACAAAUGCUUGGACAACGAUUACCAUAUCAUCGCAAAUAUAUGAUAUAUUCUGCAUUGUGCGUACCUCUAACCUCCACUUUUACAUUAAUACCAGUUAUACCGAAUAUACCUCUAUUUUAUAAUUUAUUUCGUUUAUAUAGUCAUUAUAAAGCAUUUAAGGGUGCUCAAUAUCUUCAACUUAUUAUAAGUGAUAAGCGACUAAUGCCUACCGAUUCUAAUGUAUUAGAUCAAAUUUAUGAUGGUAUAGAUUUAAAUAAUUGUGAUAUUCUUGACGAAAAUCGUAUUCAUCGAAUAGCCCAUGAAUUUAAUGUUUUAACGAUAGAUGUUGAUGUAAUUUUGAGAAUUAUUCUUUCGACAAAAAAACGAUAA